AUGGCGCCAAAAGCUUUGACAUCGAGCGCACUCGAUGCUUUCUACACAGCCGAGAAAGAAAAGCAAAAGGGACAGCCGGUUCCACCACCGCAAAAAUUUACCAAAAGGUCACACUUGACCUUCUUUGAAAUCCUCGACCUGCCCAUUGCUCUCCUUUCAGUACCCAUUGUCGGCUUCCUGGCUCUUUUGGCGGGACCUUUUCGGGCGAGGAAACAGAGACUCAAUCCGGAGCAGGGGAUUGCGAGGACUUUGCUUUUGCAUGUUGGGUAUUCGAUUCUAAGAAGAGUGGUUUCGCGGUUCUCGCCGAUGCAGAUACAGACGAUCUCGCCUUCUACGCCUACAGAGUAUAAACUCUACACGUGGAGGAAAGGGCUCCCAAACCAGACCGUGGAUCUCGGAGGAGACGCUACAGGGCAUUGGCUAGGGAACAAGGACGCGAAGAAUGUCCUGAUCUGGUACCACGGCGGCGGCUUCGCUGUACCCGCAAACAGAGGCUAUUUUAUCUUCUUCGGCAAGUUCCUCAACGAAAUGAAAGCUGCAGGCAAGGACGUGGCUGUCUUUGUCGUUGCAUACACACUCAUCCCGCGCGAGACGUAUCCGACCCAACUGCGCCAGUCGGUAAAUGCACUCCGCUACAUCCUGCAAAACACAAACCGUAAGGCGGAGAACGUCUUCCUCGGCGGCGACUCGGCCGGCGGAAAUCUAGUUCUCGGCGUACUGAGCCAUCUCGCUCACCCACACCCUGAGAUUGAGCCCUUGAAGCUGGGUACUGCGGGCGAGGAAAUCGGCGGCGCUACGAUUAUCUCCCCCUGGACAUCGAUGGAGACCACAUUCCCACCGCAGGAAACCGAGCCUCUGGGCGAUUUGAUCCAUCCAAACUGCGCCAAAUUCUGGGCUACGGGCUACCUGGCCGGCCGCGCAAGAGACAACUACACCGAUGCUCGAUUGGCCCCGGUCGAGUGGUGGAACAAUGUUCCUAUCAAAAAGAUUCUUGUCACUGCUGGGAGCUAUGAGCUGCUGUACCCGUUCAUUGAAUACUUUACUGAAAAGCUCACGGAGGGGCUCGGAGAGGACAAGGUUGAGUGGUGUGUCGGAGCUGGAGAGGCGCACGUUGCGCCCAUGUUUAACCUGAUGCUGGGCGAUCAUUUCGAGACCGAGCAGGGGAAGAGGGUCAAGUCGUUCUUCCGAGAGUCGUUUUGA